AUGAAGUUCCUCAUUGCACUAGUAUUCCUUCAAUUCAUUGCCGCUCAAGAGGUGGCUGUUGAGAAGAUCAACUCGGUUUUGGAGCACUUGUCCGACUCUAAAAAAUACAUUCCGGAAUACAUUUACAACACGCUUCAAGACAUGAACCAGGAGACUCGCGCUCAAAUCGCUCAAUUGGUCAAUGAUGUUCAUGAGAAGAAGUUUGGACCGCCGCGGAAUAUGGAAGACAUGCUCGCGACGCUCAACAAAGAAUACCCAUUGGUGGCGCAAGUCGCCAAUCAGCUCAACACAUUCUAUCGUCAGCGGCUAGGCAAUCUUGGACCAAAAGCCCAAGAAUUCUUCAAUCGCUAUGAAGCGCAUACGUUUGAAACGCUUGGCGAUGACGCGAGCGAGAUUGAAGCGAACAUUGCGAACCACGCCGAGCAGCUCGCCAAUGACUUCAAAGAAUUGUAUGAAGAUCCCGAAGAGGCGGCGAAACUUGAUGAGCAAUUCCCAGAGUUCCGCAACAUCUACAACGAGUUGGUGAAUGAAAAUCAUUAA